AUGGGUUUGCAAAAACAGGCUCCCAAUGAAGCAUUGUUGCAGACUCAUAUUACAAACUCUUUGUUGUGGGCUGAAAGGGAACCAUCAUUUGAGUGUGAUAAAGCUUUCAUUCCAUCCGCAGCUGAGUGUGUAUCCUUUGCAGCGCUCCAACCUAUUACAGGAUCUACUCAAUCAGAACUGCUGAAGUUGCAACGACAGAAGCUAAGGGCCAUGGUUCUUAAAGACACGCUUCAAGGGCUUGAACAUUCCCUGGAAAUAGUUAAGGAGAACAUUUCCAUGGUUGCAGCCAAGCUCGCUAUACAAUCAUUAGUAUAA